GCGAAACUCGUCACACGUGCGACUCAUCAUCUCCAUUUGCAAAACUCUCUCGUCCGCCCUACUCAGUAAAACUUCCCCACUCUGAUUUCAUUUUUCAUUUCCGUUUAAUAAUUUUAUCAACAGACUGUUUUCCGAUCAAAGGGGCCGACCUGAGAACACACCCAAAUCCGUAAUCGGAUCCGAAUCAUGUUCAGAAGGCUUGCUAUCCAGCUCCGCACUCUCGCCCCGGCCCGAUCCACUCGCGCCGCUGCUCGAUUCGCCGUCGGAUCUCCCAUUGCUCCGGAGAAUGUCAUCCGUCCCUUCCCCAUCUUUUCCAGACACUUCGCGGCUGAAUCCGGUGUGACGAAGAGAGUGGAGGAUGUAAUGCCGAUUGCUACUGGUCACGAGCGUGAAGAGCUCGAAGCCGAGCUUCAAGGUAAGGACAUUCUGGAAAUUGACCACCCCUCUGGUCCAUUUGGAACCAAGGAAGCACCUGCUGUGGUCAAGUCGUAUUAUGAUAGAAGAAUAGUGGGGUGCCCUGGAGUUGAAGGCGAGGAUGAGCAUGAUGUCGUUUGGUUCUGGCUAGAAAAGGGAAAGCCACAUGAAUGCCCAGUCUGUACGCAAUACUUUGAGCUGGAAGUGGUGGGCCCAGGUGGUCCCCCCGAUGGUCAUGACGAUGAAGAGGAAGGUCACCACUGAAUAUAGUUUGACAGUUUUGCACCCAGAAUAAGAUCUGGUGAGAGAACAAUGAAUUAUGUAUCAAUUUUUUUCGCUUGCCUUUUGAACUGAUUUGUUUUGUCUACCGGGUUUGUUUGGCAACAAUUUGACCCGUUUAUCUUUUAUCGGUUUUUUUAAUACGAGCGGGUCUGCCACUCGAAAUAUGGAUUUUAUACACUUUUAGUUUUUAUCAUGCAGCAGCAACAGCACAUAAUAAUUGAUGGCAACAAAUACUUCUAUCAUUAUUGCCAGUUCUAUUGUCAUUAAACAUGAAAAUCUGCG